AUGAAAUUUCAUAUCAAAGCCGAGAUGUUAGGUUUAGUGCUUUUGACGAGUAUUCCGGUCAACAUAGUCAAAGGGGAAACGGAGAGCAGGCUGAAACCAAAAGAUGGAAACUGUAAAAUAUUUGGGGUGCCACUUGCUGGUAACAGAAACAUAUCAGCAGAUGCAUCAACACAUCAGUACCACAUAUUUGAUUCUGAUCAAUCAAAGCGUUUGAAAGUCAACGAUAAUAAUCCAUCUAAAGAGCAAGAUAAAGAAUACCAACAUUUCCAGCAAGCGAAACUCCAAGGUGUUAUUGUUUCUACAAGGAGUUGUACAAAGGUUCACAAACAAGGGAUUGCUCUUGGCAGAUCAGUGGAUCUUGCUAAAUUUAACGACUACGAUGAACUGAUUGCUGAGCUGGAUGUUAUAUUUGAAUUUAAUGGGGAACUAAAGACGCGCAACAAGAACUGGUUGGUUGUAUAUACAGAUGAUGAAGGUGACAUGAUGCUUGUUGGAGAUGAUCCGUGGCAGGAAUUCUGUGGGAUGGUUAGGAAGAUCUUCAUCUACACCAGAGAGGAGGAAAAUCGAGAACGCAUAAGUGCUCUAAUUCAUAUAUUAUAUAAAUUAGGUCGAUGUUGUAGGUGAAUUAGGGAGUAGUAUGGUAUUGGGAACAACUGAAAUAAAUAUUCGAGUUGCAUCAAGAUUCUACUCCUUCCAACUUCCCGAAUGAUGACAUGAGUCUUGGUAGUAUAAUAUUUUCAAUUUUGGACAACCGGAAGCU